AUGGUUCUUCAAGUUCUCAGUCCACAAGAUUGCCUCAGAAACCCUCUCACCUCACGACAGGUUCCACUCCCUCCUUUGAUAAAAUAUCCACCUAAACCUAACCCUAGCCCUAACCCUAAACCUAACCAUAAGCCUAACCCUAACCAGACUAUCCGUGCCCAGCCCGACCGUCAAAAGAAGCGGAAGCCAAGCCGGUCAAACAACACCAACUCUCUGCCGGCAAGAUCAGAUUUCCAGAAAAUUCAUGUGGCCAAUGACCAGCUGAGUGGUCAGGUCAAAAUCUUGAAGCGCGGUGAGGGACUGACCAAACCUGCAGCUCCGCAUCAGCCAUCACCGGCUCCUAAAAAGAAACGCCCAUCUCAGAAAGUUCAAGAACUCAGGUUCUACGCGGGGUCGUGCACCUCUAGCGCCUCCCCGCCUCCAAGUUCGCUUCCUCUGCCAUCGUUUCUUGCUAAGAAGAGAGUGGUUUCAAACACCGGGGAAGUGCAAGGAGUUGCUAAAGCUUCUACGGCUUAA